GACUUUCUGCUUGUGAUUCCUCUUAUUCGGAAUGUUACCCCUAUUUAGCUUAUAUAUAGGAUAUUUGAUGAUCCAUUUUCUGAUUGUCCACUUCAAUCAUUACCUAUAGAAAUUUGUCUUGAACUUCUCUUGUUAUAUUGCAAUAAAAGGUUCAUUAUUAUAGUAGUGUAGUAGGAAUAAAUGAAGGGUGGUCUGGUUUUAUAAGUUAUUGUUUAUUUUGACAGAACAAGACUGCAGCAAACUUUUGGUGUAAUAUAGGUUUAUGAGCAUUUUCUAGUAUAGGGAACUGUAGACUACCUUUUCUUUCAGAGCUAUGUCCACCCGAGAAGGAGAAAUAAUUUUAUUUUGCAAGAAGAUUUCUGUGCUAUUAGGAAAUAUAGAGAACUUUUAGUGAUAGAGAGCCUAAAUUAUUAAAUAUUUGAUUGAGAUAGAUCUAAUGGAGCAAUAUACAUUGUGAUGAUUCGUGUAGCUGACCCCACUAUAUUGGAUUGAGGUGUAUUUGUUGUCAUUAUUUUGACUGUUGGCGUUGCAAAAUUAUUAGUCAUCUUAUCUGCAUUUCUGCUGAAAGAUUCAAUUAUAAGCCAACUGAUGGAGGUUAAAGAUCCGUAAUGUUUUUGUUUGCCGUAAAUUUAUAGAUUAAGUUUUGCCUCUAAGUCUGCAGUUUCAUAAGGUGCUCAGGAGUUGAUUCUCCCUUUCACAGUGGGGAAAUCCUUUAUAUAUUUAUCUUGAUAAUGAACAUCAAGUUCAAAUAUGUGUCGUUGGGUACGUUUGUGCUGAGAAAAGAAACAUUCCGCCAGCCAAUUCUCAGAACAAUAAUGAAUCUUCCGCGAGGUAGAAGUGUGGGGAGUUGGGCAGGAACUAAGAUAAAAAUUCUAGCAAGGUUGAUCUUAGUAGUUGUAACUUGAUGAGAUCCCGGUGCAGACAUGUACUGAGAUAAUUAGUUGUCUCGAUCAUGGCUGGACAAGAUUCAUGUUGAAGUUCUGUUUCCUUUUAAUUUAUGUAUAUCUCUCUCUUUGAGAGGCAGGAUAUGCUUAAGUUUCUUGAUUAAAGGGAUUGUACAUAUUGUCCAUUGGCCACUGCUACAUUCACAAAUUUCUGACAUCAGUAUCAUUCCUACCAUUCUAACUCCACUGAUAAUGAGUUCGUGUUCAGUGUUGCUUAGCAAAGGGAACAUGUAGCAAGACACAAAAAAGAACAGCAUAAUGGUGGUUAUAAUUUCUAGUUAAUUGGUGACCAAACUGCUGAACUGAGGAUGAUGAUGUCUGUUUUAUAGUAAAUUAAGCUAGUGGUUUAGAGGUCUGGAUCGAUAGCAUACUCUCCUGACAUUUGCUCUAGGAUUUCUGAAAGUUUGCCAGGAUCAUUUUCGAAGGGCUUUAGCUCAAUUAUAGUUUCUGUAGCUCAAUUAAGGAAGAUAUUCUAAAUCCAACAAGAAUCCUAUUGAAAAAAUAGUCACUUGGGACUCUGAAAAUGAAGCAGAACAAAGUUGAUUGUGUUGCUGAUGGAAAAAAGUUUAAGUGGAUCGCUGCACUGCUUCACGACCACCACCACCAUCACCACCAUCACCAAGCAGGCUUUCUUCUAGCAGGAAAUUGUCAUUUGUGCAGAUGGCUGUGGUAAGUCUAACCAAUAAGGAGAUUGCUAAAAUAUUGGAAGCAGAAGCUCUAGACUGCGGAAAAUUACUUCCUUGGUGCCAUUUAAGGCUGCAGUCGAAAUCAGGGAAGAGAGACAAUCUCUAGGAGGUUGAUUAAUUUAGGGCUCUUGUCCUGUUUAUCAUUUGUUUAACACCUACCAGCUCAUUGGAAUUGCUUCCCCUCUAUCAAGGACUCAUCCUGUUUCUUGUCCUGAUUGAUAUCAUUGUUUUGAAUAUUCUUUCUCAAUUUUAAAGUUUAGGCAAUCAAAAGUAGUGACUAGUGAGGAAGUAGGAGAUCAGUCAAAUCAUACAAUUUAUGACUUACUGUACAACUUUUCCUUCUCAGAAUAGAAAUAACAACUAUUGAGUGCUAAACUUUCUCUGUGUAUCCUCCUAAUAAGAUUCCUUAGAAAGUCAAAUUGAUCGAGUGGGUCAAUUAUUGUUUGAAGGACAUCUAGUACUACUACUAAUACAACAACAUACUCGGUGUAAUUUUACAAGUGAGGUUAUAUGAAGGUAGAUAAAUUAUUCUGAUAGACUAUCGGUUCAAUAUGGGAUGCUUAUUAGUAUUCUAUAUCUGCCCCAUAAGCAAAAUCAAUCUACGUUGCAUUAUUUUAAUUUUCAAGUGUGCUCUCUUAUUGGCUGAUGGGCCACAAUAAAGUGGAUGAUAAAAUAUGUGCGUGGGACUAUACCGUGUUAUUUUCUCUCUCUUGAAUAUUUUAUGAAGCUGGAAGAAGAGAUGCUGAAGCUACUCUGCGUUAAAAUCAACUAUGACUGCGAUCUUUAUUGUUUUUAAUCUCCCUUUCUUCCAAAUCUAUGCACCAGUGUAAUCUGAACCGUCAAGAUGAAUCUAGAAAUUGUACCAGAUAGGAGUUUUGACUGUAAAAAUUGAGAACAUAGUUAUCCCACCUGCUACUCAUCAAGAAUGUUUGGUGUUCAUUUCUGUGAUUUCACUUCAGUGACUGCUCAAGGUUGGUUUUGGUGUUUCUGGCAAGAUGGGCUGACAAAGAAAAUUAGACUUACUGUGUGAGAGGAUAAGAUAAGAUCUCAACAUUUGAAUAGAAGAAAAUAAUCUUUUCAUGAUGUUGCGUCUUGUAAAAUUUGAAGUAGUGCAUAUUGUCCACUAUUGCCGUCAAAAGUAUCCAUCCAAUAUCAUUUUUAGCAUUGCACUUGCGAUGGAAACUAUGUUGCUUUUUGGAAAGAAACUUUUAUCACGACACACAAAAAAACAGAGACAAUGGUGGUGGUUAACUGAUAAUGCCCCACCAAAUUGCUGACAUAAGGAUAAAUGAUAAUGACAGGCCGUUUUCUAAUUUCUUAGUUAAUUAAGCAAGUGGCUUAAAGGUCUUCUAUCAAGGUCAUAUUCUAUUGUCAUUUAUUGUAAAUAUAUAUCCGCAAGUUUGCCAUAAUCAAGCAUACUCCUUCACAGUUUUCAAAGGCGUCUGUCUAGAUCAAGUAUCAGCAAUUUCUGCAGCAUAGUUUUCUGUUAUUUGCUGACUCUAUUGUAUAUCAAGCCUGUAAGUCCUCCAACAUCUAGUCCCAAAAUUGUGAUUCUAUCUUGAUUUUUGUUUGUUGGUAUGGUGCACUGGCCUGACUCUGACCAACUAGUCUAAAAUCCGUCCCUACUGAGAGGUCUCAACUUGCAGUCAUAUUGUGGUGUAGUACAUAAAUAUAUUCUUCAUCAUCUCAUAAUCUUGAAAGCUCAAACUUCUGAAUCCAGCAAGAAUCUAUUGAAAUCAUGAAGCAAAGGGAAGGUAAAAGUGUAGCUGAUGGAAAAAAGUCAAAGAAGAUGGCUCCAGCACCUCCACCACCACCACCAACGUCGAGGUUUCUUCUUAGCAGGAAAGUGACAACACCAAGCCAGACCAAACAGGAGAUUGCUAAGUAUUGGAAGCAGAAGCGCAAAACUGAAGAAGACCACUUCCUUGAUGCCAUCAAGGCUGCAGCCAGAAUCAGAGCACGCAAUCUCUCAGCGGAGGAAUACAAAUACUUCGUGUAUUCCUUGAAGGUAGAUGAUGAUGACAUGGAGAACAAAAUGGUACCUAAGAACAUCUCCGAAAUCAAUGAGAACAUGAAGGAGAAGAGAGUUGGUAUAAAGGACUGGUGGACGAAGAGCAAAUAUGCAUAUCUAAACCAGCCUGCACUGAAGUCCAUGGAACGCCACAGCUCCACUUAUAUUCCGCAACCAUAUUGCUACAAGGCUCCACCUCCACCAGUCACAAGCACUUUUGGGAUCUUCUAGGCAAUUCAUGAUGCCGUUCACGCACACAGAGUCAUAUUUCAUGUAUGUGUUGUAUAUUGUGCUUGUAUAUAUAUCAUUGUUUGUUUAAGUGUGUGAUACUCAAAAGGAAGUAUCAUAUAUAUGAUCAUUGAAAUUAUUGUAUUGGGGUUGUGAACUACUCUGAUGCACCUGUGGUGGAAACUGCUGUUAAUAAAUAAUGGUUCUAUUAUUGGAGAUACUCCAUCUA